AUGCUGCUGCUUCAGCACCUUGCACUCGCGCUGCGGCGGUGCCCCUCUGUCGCCGCCGCCGCCGCCGCCGCUGCCACGGGCAAGCAGCUCGCUAAGCCACAGCAGCGGCCCUUCAGCACCUACAUCCCAGAUGUUGUUAAGCAGGCCUUUGAGUCUGCGCCCUUUGAGGCCGCGCUGAUCCACGGCGCCGGCCGCGGGCUGGUCGCGACGAGGGCGCUGUCGCAAGGCGACCUCAUCCUAUCAGAGCGGCCCUUCGUCUGCACGCCGACCCCAGAGCACCGGAGCAAGGUGUGCUACAACUGCCUCUCAGCCCUGCCCCUUGACGCCAGCAGUGACGCCAGCGGAAGCGACGGCAGCAACGCGGGCACCAGCUUGUGCCAGUCCCUGCCCGCCGGACGUCUGGGCGCAAAGUUCUGUGGCGCCGCGUGCCUGGAAGAAGCACGCGGAAGCUUCCUCGAAUUUGAAUUGAGAUCGGACCUGUCGGCGCUCGACGAGUACUGCGUCCGCAACGGCGAGCGCUUUCCCCUGCUGGCGGCUCGGCUGGCGCUGAUGCUGCUGCAGCGGGCGGCGCGCGGCGAUCGAGAGGGCGGCGGCAGCAGCAGCAGCAGCGGCGGCGAUGGCGGCAGCAGCAGCAGCGGCGGCGGCGGCAGCGGCAGGGGUCCCGACCUCGGAAUCGGUGCGGCUCAGGGAGCGUGGCAGAUUCAGGAAGCGGCGCCGCCGGGGCCCCUGGCUGAACUGGGAUUCCUGUGCUACGCCAACGUGGGGCUACCGCCGCCCCAGCCGUGGCAAGAGUCGUUUGAGCUGCUGAGAAAGGGAAUCUCAGGGCGGGCGCCGGCAGCUGACGGAGGCGGCGCGGGCGCCGACGAGGCCCGCGCUGUGGAGGCGGCGGCGGCGGCGCUCGACCUUGAAUGGUACACGGCCGUGCUGGCGCGGCUGCACCUCAACACAUUCCGGGUGGACUGCGUAUUCCCAAUCGACUUCCAGGACUUUGCUGCUGCCGCGAGGGCGGCAAUCGUCGCUGGCGGCUCCAUCAGCGGCUCGGCCCUGUACUUGGUCGCGGCGCUGCUCAACCACUCGUGCGAGCCAAAUGUCAACGUCGCGUGGCCUCGCAACGACGGACGGGCGGUCUUCACGGCCGCGCGCGACAUCGCGCCCGGCGAGCAGCUGGCCAUCACCUACACCGACUCGUCCCAGGCCGUCGCCGAGCGGCGCGCGCACCUGCUGACGUCAUACGGCUUCGAGUGCGGCUGCCAGCUGUGCACGGAGCAGCUGGCGGCGUAG